UUUUCAAUGUGUUUCAUGUUAUUUAACUUGAGGUGGUGCCUUGAAGAGAUACGUUGCGCAAAGCAGUUAAACUAUAGAAAGCAGUCGGGUCUUGCUAGUCUUGCUCGUAAGGCGUCGUCAUGCGACCCUCACACUUUGUGAUGUCAUGUGUCAUCGUCUGUGUACUAGCACAGUCAAGUCUUGCUUCAAAAGGCAAACCAUCGGCAGGUAUUAAAUGCAGCCACCGUGUUAAAAAACAACUGGGCGCCAGCCCCCCUCGGCCCAUCGUACUUUACUCCCAAUUAAUGAACCAAUGGGUAGACAAAGGAGUAAGUCUACAAGGAAGUCACCGGGCAGAAAAAAGGCUUGGAAAUAACUUGCAAGGACAAGACAACAGCAACGUGGUGAAUGCCCAGCAGGGAUUGAAAGAGAGACAGAAAGAAUUACAAGGAAAAGGGGGGAGACACCGAGGGGAUGGGGAAGGAAGCGUUGUGAAUGUACAGCAAGAAUGGAAAGAGAGACAGAAAGAAUUACAAGGAAAUGGGGGGAGACACCGAGGGAAUGGGGAAGGAAGUGUUGUGAAUGCACAGCAAGAAUGGAAAGAGAGACAGAAAGAAUUACAAGGAAAAGGGGGUAGACACCGAGGGGAUGGGGAAGGCAGCGUCGUGAAUGCACAGCAAGAAUGGAAAGAGAGACAGAAAGAAUUACAAGGGAAAGGAGGGAGACACCGAGGGAAUGGGGAAGGCAGCGUUGUGAAUGCACAGCAAGAAUGGAAAAGAGAGACAAAAAGAAUUACAAGGAAAAGGGGGUAGACACCGAGGGAAUGGGGAAGGCAGCGCUGUGAAUGCACAGCAAGAAUGGAAAGAGAGACAGAAAGAAUUACAAGGAAAAGGGGGGAGACACCGAGGGAAUGGGGAAGGAAGCGUUGUGAAUGCACAGCAAGAAUGGAAAGAGAGACAGAAAGAAUUACAAGGAAAAGGGGGGAGACACCGAGGGAAUGGGGAAGGCAGCGCUCUGAAUGUACAGCAAGAAUGGAGAGAGAGACAGAAAGAAUUACAAGGAAAAGGUGGGAGACAUCGAGGGAAUGGGGAAGGCAGCGCUGUGAAUGUACAGCAAGAAUGGAAAGAGAGACAGAAAGAAUUACAAGGGAAAGGGGGGGAGACACCGAGGGAAUGGGGAAGGCAGCGUUGUGAAUGCACAGCAAGAAUGGAGAGAGAGACAGAAAGAAUUACAAGGAAAAGGGGGUAGACACCGAGGGAAUGGGGAAGGCAGCGCUGUGAAUGCACAGCAAGAAUGGAGAGAGAGACAGAAAGAAUUACAAGGAAAAGGGGGUAGACACCGAGGGAAAGGGGAAGGCAGCGCUGUGAAUGUACAGCAAGAAUGGAGAGGAGAGACAGAAAGAAUUACAAGGAAAAGGUGGGAGACACCGAGGGAAUGGGGAAGGAAGCGUUGUGGAUGCACAGCAAGAAUGGAAAGAGAGACAGAAAGAAUUACAAGGAAAAGGGGGGAGACACCGAGGGAAUGGGGAAGGAACUAUGAUAAAUAAGCAAUAAAAAGCGUAGUUGCGAAUAUUGGAUUAAUGACAGGAUAGAAUGAGGAUAUGAACUGUGCUCGCGACAAAAUGUAUACUAAACAAAAAACAAUGCAGAUGAUUAUGCAGAGAUGCUGUAUGACAACAAUGAUUUAUUCCACAAGUAAAGCUUUACAAUGCACAUGAAUUUUUGUCACACA